CCCGCCCUAUUGCAGUGUCCUUUUACUACCCUUGUAAAUCAUCCGGAAAACGGAUGAUAAAUUGUUAUAAAAUAUUACCAUGUUGAACACAGAGGCGAAAAUAAAGGAAAAACUAUAAAGAUAGAAAUGGGAGACAUACCGAAUUCAACGUCGAUGAGUACCACCAGUCAUCAACAGUCAUGGAACCUUAAUGGAGAUGCGGAGGAAAUACAACUGUACGAGACACAGUAUCCAAUCUCCGAAUGGGACCAAAAUCUAGAUUUGUUGCUGGAUGAGCUCCAGGAGAGUGUGUCGUCACCUCAACAAGCAAAAGGCAGGAAUCAAAUUACAACGCUCCCUACAAUCCCUGCAUCGCAACGCCAAUCACAAAAGAAAUCCGUCAGCUCUAGCACCAAGGUUCUCAGUAGCAGUCAAUUUCUUGCCUUGGCGGAAGAAGCCCUUCGGCAAACGACCAUUGCUCGUCGUUUACUCGAGUCCAUCGCUGAUGAACCGACAGCUUGUAGUUGCUCCACGGCUUGUAGUUGUUGGUAUAUACUGUACGUAAUUCGUUGA